AUGCCUCCCGGCGACGUUCCUUUGCCGGACAGCCUCGUGCCGGGCAACGGGGCUGUCCGUCCCACGUUAAACACUAGUGGCUAUGGAGGAGGCUCCAAAUCGAAUACCCCCACGUCACCUGCAGAUAGCAAUGUCCCCUUUGACUCGCCACGUACGAUCUCGGGCGCAAGAAAUGGGAACAGCCCGGUCGAUGGUCCUCCGAACGCCGAUACCCGAAUGAGUCGAAGGUUUGAAUCAACCAACUCUACCUCGCGCGACCCGUCCACACCGCGCGAUCCGACUGGUUAUUGGGAACGGUCCACGCCGCGUGAUAGGUCUCGCCCGAAUGGCCGACCGCAUACGAAAUCGCCAGCUAGUACGUCCAGGAUUUGUAAAAAGUGCGGUGACCCUCUCACCGGUCAAUUUGUGCGAGCUCUGGGUGCGACGUUUCAUCUGGAGUGCUUUAAAUGCCAGGACUGCGGCCAAAUCGUGGCAUCCAAGUUUUUCCCCAUCGAUGCGGAGGAUGGCAGUGGCCAGUAUCCCCUAUGCGAAACGGACUAUUUCCGACGACUAGACCUCCUCUGUCAUGAGUGCGGCGGUGCCCUGCGUGGCUCGUAUAUCACGGCGUUGGAACGCAAGUAUCACAUUGAGCAUUUCACCUGCUCCGUUUGCCCCACAGUGUUCGGUGCGCAGGACUCGUACUAUGAACACGAGGGCAAAGUAUACUGCCACUUCCACUACUCGACGCAAUUCGCCCAACGAUGCCACGGCUGUCAUACGGCGAUUCUGAAACAGUUCGUAGAGAUUUUCCGCAAUGGCCAAAAUCAACACUGGCACCCCGAGUGCUACAUGAUCCACAAAUUUUGGAACGUUCGUUUGGCACCGACCGGUCAGCCUUUGGAGCCCGUUGAAUCAGAACAGGAUGCCACCGAUGAGGAGCGCAACAGGGUGCGGGAGGAAGAGGACGUGAUGGAGGAGAAGGUAUAUAAGAUAUGGAGCAUCCUCUCGAGCUUUGAGGAAUCCUCAGCCGCAUGCAUCUCCGACAUGCUUCUUCAUGUCAGUAACGGCACUUACGUUGACGGUGUUCUCGUUGCCAAACGAUUUAUUGGACAUGUCGAUGUGCUGUUCACCGCCAUUGACCAACUGGCCCAGCUGAUUAAGGCUCAAGGCAUGAAAGAUCUUGCCUAUGGCCGCGAAGCGAAACUCCUCUGUAAGAAGAUUGUAGCGUUUUUCGCAUUGCUGUCGAAAACCCAGGAGACCGGCGUCCGGAAACUUGGGGUUACCCAAGAGCUUCUCUCUCUGGUCACCGGUCUUGCGCACUAUCUUAAGCUUCUCAUCCGUAUUGGCUUACAGGGGGCUCUGAAGCUGGAAAGAGAGCAGGAGCACCCCAACGGCUUGCACCAUUUCCUGGAUCGUCUUGGGGACCUGGAGGCACUCAGGCCUAUAGAGGAAGAAGAAACCCCUGCGGAUCUGAUGACGGGCGUGGAAGUUCUGGCAGAUCAACUCUCGGAUUGUUGCGUCUCAUGCAAGGAACCGAUUGACGAUGAAUGUGUGAUGCUAGGCGACAACCGAUGGCAUGUCAAGCAGCCCCAUUUGAUAUGCUCAGGAUGCCAGAAGGAUUUGACCGUUACUCUUCAGGACGCCUUGUGGAGUCCCAAAGAUAAGCGCCCCUUCUGUAAUGCGUGUGUUGGCCAGCGCGGAAUUGCUGCUCAGACGCAGAGUGGAUUUACUCGCGUGAGCAAACUUCAGCAGUUCGUCUUUCUGCUGCGAGUUGCGCUUGCACGACUUCUUACCGUCUUGCAAGCUGGCGGCACUCUACCAUCCGCAUCAGACGAUAACUCUAGACUACCAGAUGACCAGGACGGCUCACGGGCUCCACCGGGUAUGGUUCGCAGAUCAACCACACGGUCGAAGUCGUACACGCACGCAAACAGAGGAGCCCCUGAAGAGUCGUCUCUCGAGCAAACUGUUGGUGAGAUGCGACGUCUGCGCUCCAUUCGCAACGAACGGACCUUAUCGACAACCUACAAAAAGGCUCGGGCGUCGCGGAUCAUCGACGGACCGGAAGGGAGGAGCGUGAGGCCCGGUUCCUCCGGUGGCGAAGGCGCCGAUCCUCGAGGCCACGGAUUUCAGAUUGUAGAGGAAAAAGACGCAAAUGGCGAGACAGUCACCGAGCUGACUUUUGGUAACCAGGAUGCUCUGACUUUGGAUGAUAUCCCCAGGAUCGUUGCGGCCGAACAAGCCAAAGAGCAACGACCUAACGCGUACAAGCAUGCUCGGACCAAGCUUGUUAACACGACCGAACCGCUCCCCAGGUAUAAUCAGGGCCACCAGCGUGGUGUUUCUGACGUUGGUUUGGAAUCGCAUCUCCUUGAACAGGGCGGACGAACCAAGAAAUACUUUUCCGAGCUGUCAGCUUUGGAGUACUUUAUUGUUCGCCAUGUCGCCGUAUUGUCCAUGGAGCCCUUACUCGAUGGGUAUUUCACUUUGGAUGAGCUGCUGUCAUUGAUCGAAUCUCGCAAACCGACAAUCUGGAACAUCUUUGGCCGUGCCUUCAAUAAGGAGGGCAAGAAGGUUGGAAAGAAGAAGGGCGUGUUUGGCGUCAGCUUGGAAUAUCUCGUCGAGAAGGAGGGUACAGAGUCUAGCCACGGCGUUGGGCCUGGCGCACUCCGCGUCCCUGCACUUGUCGAUGACGCCGUAUCCGCCAUGCGACAGAUGGACAUGUCUGUAGAAGGUGUCUUCCGAAAGAAUGGCAACAUCCGUCGACUGAAAGACAUUUCCGAUAUGAUCGACAACAAGUACGAACAGGUGGACAUGACUAAGGAAAACCCGGUUCAGAUCGCGGCCCUUUUGAAGAAGUUCCUUCGCGAGAUGCCCGAUCCUCUUCUGACCUUCAAACUCCAUCGCCUAUUUGUCGUAUCGCAGAAACUUUCCGACCCUGAAAAGCAAAAGCGGGUGCUUCAUUUGACAUGCUGCUUGCUCCCGAAGGCUCAUCGAGAUACUAUGGAGGUGCUGUUUGCCUUCCUUAACUGGACGUCGUCGUUCUCGCAUGUCGACGAAGAAACGGGCAGCAAGAUGGAUAUCCAUAACUUGGCAACUGUUAUGACACCGAAUAUCUUGUAUCCCAACACUAAGAGUAGCACUGUUGAUGAAAGCUUUUUGUCGAUUGAGGCCAUCAAUGCCUUGAUCACAUACAACGAUACGAUGUGUGAGAUUCCGGAAGACCUACAAUCGGUCCUCAGCGACACCAAUUUCCUCAGGGAAAAUUCUGAAGUCACAACGAAAGAGAUCCUCAAAAGGUAUGGGGAUAUCGCACGUGGAAGCUUCUCACAGAAGCCUAGCAACGGCGGCGAAACAGUUACCAUCACCAACUCGAACCGGGGAGCGAACCUUCCCACCUCUGCACGCAUCGAGGGAGAGCCAUCCCAAGACGCAGCAUGGCAGGCACAGAGCUCCGUGCGGCAUGUUCAAGGGUCCGGCAGCCAUGCUCAUUCAGCCAGCGCCACUCCCUAUGGUAUGGAACUCGGACCUGCUCCGCCAGGUGAGCAGCGCGAGCGCAGCACCAGCAACAGUAGCCAGCCAAACUCCAUGCAGGCCGAUGGACAACCUCAACAGAUGCCUUACAGAGCUCGUCCGGGUGCAGGGCCCAUGGGAGUUGCCAGUUGA